AACACUAAUUUCGACACAUUCGUGGCCGGAUUGCCAGAGUAGCAUGAGUCUACCCGCAAGUCACUCUGGAGAAGAACCAUCCACCCUCCACCCUGUCCGGGCGUGGGUGUUGUGGUCUGAUCUAUGGCCGAAGAAAGUACAGUACAGGCUCCUCACCCUCUCUUCACGUUGCACAGACAGAGAGGGGCCAGAAACGAUUCUUACCUAGAUUGUGAAGACCUGCACGUAGUCAAGGUGGCAAAUCUCGAAAGAGGCCCUCAUGCGGUUGUUACCAAGCUCUGUUCUUGUCCAGCACCUCAAGUCUUGGAGCUAUACAUUGUGAAGCUACUUUGAUCUGGCUAUUCGAGCCCGCUCAGGCUCCACAGCCCGUCGGGCUUUGCGGCAUGUUAGUUGGGGCGAAGUUCAAAGUAAAAACCUGCUGUAGUGUAGUGUGACCGUCUUCCGAUUUCGAACGUGGUUUUUGGGUUGUGGGAGGAAUUUGCCAGCUGAAGAUGUUUGUGUGUGGCGUGUCAAUCCAGUGAAUUCGAGCACAAGAGGCUUCCAUGUGUGCGAAUUCAAGAUGAUUCUGAUAUCAGAUCGUCUGCCAUUUGCCAUUUACAAAUUGCCAACCCAGCUCAUUCCACUGUAAUUUGACAAGGCUUGAGCAAGGCAAGGCUGUUUGGCUCGAUGAACCAGUAUAACCGACGGUGUCCAGAGUGAAGAUGGAUGCAACACUCUGCGGCACUGCAAAAUCUCGCACAUUUAUAUUUGUCCCAAAAGACGGUUCAGAAAUCAUGAUACAUGAAGAAGCAGAGAAAACUGAGGAAGAUGCAGUACACCUCAACCGCAAGAAAUGUCCGUCGAGAAGCCGUCAUCCCGUACGACCAACCGUACCUUCAGCUCUGGCCCAGAUCAAGAGUCGAGAGUCGAGUCUCUGCAUGGAAGACAGUUCAUCUGAGGCUGAAGAAUCUCCCGUGCGUUCGACCUCGAACCCAUGGGCGAUGUGGGUCGUAAGAGAGAAGAAUGCGAGGGCAGCAGGUACCGGCAAUCACCACACAGGCGUUCGAAAAUCAAUGAGUGCCUGACGGUACGAUCUCGAGUUUGUGCCGGUGGAAUCUCAAAGACCGGGUAUAUUGUUCAAAUGUGGUCGGCAGGUCUGAGCUGAGAGAGCCUCAGAGGGGCUGGAGUGGGUGGGGGAGGUGGACGGAGAGCAGGAGAGAUGGAAAAGAGCCCGGGGAAGCUACGUCCACGUCACGUCC